UCGGCGCGGGGUCCCCGGAGCCGGCUCGCCGCCCACCGGGGGCUGGUAUGCGGUAGGGCAGGGCCAUGUACUGGAAGAGUGACCCGAUGUUCGUCUGCAGGCUGGAGGACAAGGACCUGCCCGCGCUCGGCGGCCCCGCGGAGAAGGCCAGCCCCGCAGCGGCUGACGAGGACUCCUGCUCUUCCUCUGCCGCACUGUCGCCCUCCUCCUCGCCGCGGUCCAUGGCCUCGGGCUCGGGCUGCGCCACCGGCAAGUGCGUGUGCAGCAGCUGCGGCCUGGAGAUCGUGGACAAGUAUCUGCUCAAGGUAAACGACCUCUGCUGGCACGUACGCUGCCUCUCGUGCAGCGUUUGCAGAACGUCCUUGGGAAGGCACACCAGCUGCUACAUCAAAGAUAAAGAUAUCUUCUGCAAACUGGAUUAUUUCAGGCGCUACGGCACCCGUUGCUCCCGCUGCGGGAGGCACAUCCACUCCACCGACUGGGUCCGGCGGGCCAAAGGAAACGUGUACCACCUGGCGUGCUUUGCAUGCUUCUCCUGCAAAAGGCAGCUUUCAACCGGAGAGGAGUUUGCUUUGGUUGAAGAGAAAGUCCUUUGCAGAGUACAUUACGACUGCAUGUUGGACAAUCUGAAAAGAGAAGUUGAAAAUGGUAAUGGGAUUAGUGUGGAAGGAGCAUUACUAACAGAACAAGAUGUUAAUCAUCCAAAACCAGCAAAAAGAGCUCGGACCAGCUUCACAGCAGACCAACUCCAGGUUAUGCAAGCACAGUUUGCUCAGGACAACAAUCCAGAUGCACAAACGCUUCAGAAACUGGCAGAAAGAACAGGCUUGAGCAGGCGUGUUAUACAGGUGUGGUUUCAAAAUUGCAGAGCACGCCAUAAGAAACAUGUUAGUCCUAAUCAUUCAUCUACUGCUCCUGUCACCGCAGUUCAGCCCUCCAGGCUGUCUUCACCCAUGUUAGAAGAAAUGGCAUACUCUGCAUACGUACCCCAGGAUGGGACUAUGCUGACUGCUCUGCACAGCUACAUGGAUGCUCAUUCACCUACAGCUCUUGGACUCCAGCCUUUGCUACCCCAUUCAAUGACACAACUGCCACUAAGUCACACCUAAUUCCUUUCUGUCAGGGAUAUAAGCUAUUAAAGAUGUAACCUUAAGUCAUAGUGUAUUGAAAAUAUCAUUGGAAAGACAUUAAUGUUAACUUUUUAUUUAACACCUAAAGCAUUUUCAAGAUAACUUUUGCUGCCCAGGUAUGUAAGUAUAUUUAGCCUGCAAGACACUUUUAUGGAUUCUGCAUAAAUAACUAUUACAUUGUUUACAAGCCUUAUUAAACACCUUUUUGUAUUGUCUGGAAGUAGUCCACUCUAGUUAUGUGUGUGUUAAUUUAUUUGUCAUCAAAAGAGCACUUUGCCUAAAAGAAAGGACUGACAAUUGUGCAAAAUGUUUACAAUUCUUUGUGAAAUUGUAGUUUAUCAUUAGUUUGUAUCUGUAAGUUAUUGCUAAAAGUAUUACCUGUAUUUGAGUUGUACACAGCCUAUAUGUUAAAGCUUAUUUCUGUGAGUUUACAAAAAUAAAUUUUGGUUGCAAAUAUUUUCAAAAAGAACUGAAUAAAGUUUCUGCUGUAGCAUGC